AGCCUAUCAGGACCAUUUCGUUGCAGUCGGUCGGUCUCGAUCACGGGUUUUCGCGGUUCGUCGGUUAGUCGGAUUAGCUAGUCUCGGAUACUUAGAUAUCCAAAUCGAUUUGGCUGGUGGUUCGUUGCUGCAUUUGUGCGUAAUAAAUUAUCCGGAUCAACGGUGUGAGUUUCUUGAAGUGACGUGAAGGGAAAAUUUUAUAAUAGAAAUUUUAUGCCAGCAAAGAUGAGCAUCAGCGACCGAAUGAAGCGAUGGGAAGGCAAGGUGGCCGUCGUGACCGGAGCCAGUGGGGCCAUCGGUGGAGCCAUCGCAAGGGAACUGGUUAAAGCCGGGAUGAUCGUUUGCGCACUGGCCAGGAGACGCGAUAAGGUGGAGAAGCUGCGUGCCAGUUUGUUUGACGUGGCUGGAAAUUUGAAUUGCGUCGAGUGUGAUAUAACUCAGGAAGAGGAUGUUAAGCAUGCUUUUGGAUGGAUUGAAGGGGCUUACGGUGGGGUUGAUUUGCUGGUCAAUAAUGCUGGCGUGAUCACAAAGUGCCUGCUGACGGAGAAGAACAACACUAAAGAUCUGUACACGACAAUGGAGACCAACAUCAUUGGACUUUGUUUGUGCACUCGGGAAGCGGUGAAAUCGAUGAAGGCUCGAGACGUCCACGGUCACAUCAUCAAUGUCAACAGCAUAUUCGGUCACAAGGUUCAUCAAGCCGUACCGGGAACGAGGCCACUCAACGGAAUGUACCCGGCGUCCAAGUACGCUGUCACUGCAAUUACCGAAUGCAUUCGACAGGAGCUGGUAUAUCUGGAUAGUCAAGUUAAAGUAUCGAGCAUCAGCCCAGGACUGGUGGAGGGUGACAUCGUCGCUAAUCACACCGUCAACGAGAACGACCUCGUUAAGUACAUGCCAAAAUUGAAACCCGAGGAUGUCGCCGAAGCGGUUCUUUACGCCAUCACCACGCCGGAUCACGUUCAAGUCCACGAACUUGUCAUCAAACCCAUGGGAGAGUUUUUAUAAUCAAUGGUGUGAAAAGAAACCGCAUUCAUUACGCUAUAACAAAUCCAUUUAGAACAAGAUUUAAACAUUCAAAUUUUAAGCAUCAGCAUCAGCCAAAGAAAAAGAACAAAAUACAAAAGUAUGCUUUCUAGCGCCAUUUUAUUUACUUUAUAAUUUAUUUUUAUACAGCAAUAAAAACGAAGGAAUCUCACCACUCUAGCUCUAA